UGUCAUUCUGCCUGUGUUGUAGUUUGUGAUGGAGCAGGCCUGAUCCAGCAGCCUAUAACAGACCUGCAUGUGUCCACCUAUAGCUCGGUGCUCUCUGUCACACUGCGGUGGGCUGACAAUGACUUGAAUGCUGAUUAUUGUGAAGAUCGACAAAGGACACAAGGAAAGGAGGAGAUGAACCGUUUCCUGAGAGCUGGGGAGAAUAGGGGGCUGCUAACGGACUGCAGGGAGCUGUCACCCAACCACACCGCCUCCACCUCCUCCCCCUCCUCCUCUUCCUCCAGCGCCGCUGGCUCAGCCGACAGACACGCGGCCCUGCCCUCGCUCCAGACCCGGGGACCUGUCGGCGGUGGCGGCGGCGGCGGGUCGGAGCCGAGGAGAUCCGCGUCUAAACGCUGCCGAGCCGUCCGGGAGGGGAGAGAGGAACGUGAGGCGGCGGAUCACUCAGCGGCGGCCGUCGCGGUGCGUGGCGGCGGCGAGUUGUGCGUCGGGGUCGGUAAGCAGCAGCAGCAGCAGCAGCAGCAGCAGCGUCGGGAAGCUCAAGGACGCAGCGCCGGUGGAGAAGGUGUGGAGAUGAUUUCGGCGGUGAGCAGAGACGCGGACGGCGGCGGGAGCGGCAGCAACAUCAACAACGGCGUCUCCGAAGUGACCACGGCCUCUCCUGCGACUUGCGCCAAAGGCAGGGAGGAGAGGAAGGGGAAAAACGUGAUCCGGGGCUGGAAGAGGGAGAGGGACAGGGAGAGGGACGCCGCCGCUACUCCGGCUCCUCCAGCCCGGGCGAGGAAGGAGAAGCCCGGCGAUGGCUCGUCUCCUCCUCCCUCCGUCUUCCUCCCGUCUUCCGCCGCGCCCGAGCAUCAUCUGUGCCGCGACGGCCCCGGACACUGCCACUGCGCCGCGCCGGACUCCAGGAUCGUGGGAGAUAACGGCAACAACGUAAACAAUAACAAUAAUUGCGCGAGUAACGGCGGCGGCGCUGCCAAUAAAGCCGCGCUGGAUUGUGGAGUUAAAAGCGGCGGAGGGGCUAUUGUUGUCAGGCGGCAGCAUGACGACACGCCGGCGGCCAAGAAACACAGAGGAGCCGAGAAGGUGGACCCCAUGUUCACUGUGCCAGCUCCCCCUGCUCCAGGCCACCCCGGGGCCCUCGGACCGUCUCUGCCUUCAGCUCCCUCCUUCUCCCCUCCGGCCCUGCCCACCUCUAACCCCAAGAUGCUGGCAGUGAGGACGAGGUCAAUAGGCACCAACACCCAGGAUGGAGGCAUCUCAGGAGCACUGGAGGGCGACUCGGCCUGUCUGGGGCCCUGCCAGCCCGGCACCAGCGUCAACCUGGAGGGCAUCGUCUGGCACGAGACGGAGGAAGGUGUGCUGGUGGUGAAUGUGACGUGGAGGAAGAGAACCUACGUGGGAACUCUGUUAGACUGCACCAAACAUGACUGGGCUCCUCCAAGGUUUUGUGAGUCUCCUUCCAGUGACCCUGAGUUGCCAGGUGGGCGUGGCAGGGGGAAACGAAUGCGAAUGGCCAUGGCCGAGCGGCCUUGCAUUGAGCCUGCCCCUGCUGCAAAAGUCAGGGGUCUAUCUCAGCACAGGAGUCGUGGAGGUGGUGUGGCUGGAACCACUGCACCCAUACACAGCAAGGGACGGAGAGGAAGCCUGAACCUCAUCAAUAGCAACUGUCGAACACCUCCUUCCUUCUUUACUGUGGAGGAGGUGAAACCUCCCAACAGCACCUCCUCUCUCUCCUCCGGGAAACGAAAGAACAAACCGCCAGCUGACCUAGACCUCAGCCUGGUCUCUUCUGAUGACAUUAAAAAUGGAAAUGGGAAGAGGAUCCGAGCCAAAUCCCGUAGUGCCCCAUCCACCCCGCUGGGCAAAUCCGACCCCUCGUUCAUGGACCCUGGAGGCGGUUGUACCUCCUCACCACCGCCCCCGCCCAUCCUCAUCGACUGUCCACACCCCAACUGCACUAAACGCUACAAGCACAUCAAUGGCCUGCGCUACCACCAGACACAUGCACACUUGGAAGCUGAAGAGCAGAGGAAACCUGAGCUGGAGCCCAUGAAGGAUGGGGAGAGUGAAGAACGACUAUCAGACUGUGAGGAGACCAUUAGCAACAUGACAUAUGACCUCUCAGAAACAAACAGCACUAAUUCCAACCACUCUAAGAAACCUGCUCCUCUUUAUAAGGUAACUACAGUGGGGUCUCCUAAGAACAGACGGCUACUCCUCAGUACUGACCAUAGCCCCACAGCCAACUCCAAGACAAGAAGAACCUCCCUGCUGAAAGAUGGGCUGAUUGAUGACCUGAGCAAUCUGCCCAUCAUCUCCAACAUGACUGUGGUUCUGGAGAACUGCAUGGUACCAGACAGGAACUCCACAGUAGAGAUGCCCAAGCUGGAAGCUGAAGGUUUGAUCGACAAAAAGGGAGGUGCACUAGACAAAGGCAAGAAGGCUAACGGGAAGGUAGAGAAGCUGUCCAAGUCACGGACCAACCGGCCAAUCGCUCCGGCCCCUGCUCCUCCAAAGUUGAUUGCUAUACCCAACACAGCGUAUCCGCCUGGCACAGCAGAUACUGUCACCUCACAGCAGCCCUCACCCAUGGCAGCCAUAGGCCUCACCAGUAAAAACCUUCCCCUCAAACCCAUCAAACCAAAGCUGAGCAUCGUUGUGGAACCAAGCCUUGUCAAAGCCACGCUGGUUACCUGCAACAAAGAGACCAGGAAGAAAGAGAAACGGAGGCUAAAGGACAAACAUAACAAAGAUGUGCCAACCAGAACGCCUAAUGGGGACAGCAGCGUAAUCAAAAUAGAAGAUGGUGGUUCUAAAAUGGGUGUCAAGGAAAUUUCUGGAAGCCUUCUGAAGGAGCACCUCAGUAAGCAGGAUGUUAUAAAUGGGCUCACUGAAAGCCAGGAGAGCAGGAUGGCCAGUAUCCGAGCUGAGGCUGACAAGGUCUACACUUUCACCGACAAUGCCCCGAGUCCCUCCAUUGGUGGUUCAUCGCGGCUUGACUCCAGUGGUAGUUGCCUGGCAACAGCAGACAGCAAGAACAACAGCCCCGCCUACUCUGACAUCUCAGAUGCCGGGGACGAUGGGGGGUCUUCUGAAUGUCGCUCGGAUGGAAACAGAUCCAAGUGUGGCUCCUCUGCCUCUUCAGAUGUGAGCUCCAGUAGUAACCAUUGUAACUCUGGUAAAACCCCGCCCACAGCAUCAGCCCCAUCAUCAAAAGACCCCCAGUCCCCUUACUACCAUAGCUACGAGCCCUACUAUCUGCCAGGGUACAUGCAGUCAGACAGGCAAAACAGCAGCAGCGCUGCUUUCCACAAAAGCUCUGCUCUUGAUGUAAAAGUGAAAGACAGAAAGGAAGAAAUGAAAGAAGACGAUAAAUGCACCUCACAUGAGUUCUUAGACUCAAAGAAAGGCGACGGGCCACCUCAGUCUCAGCUCCAGCUGGCAAUGAGUCAGACCCAGACCGCCUUGGCCCAGUCGCUGUACUACGGACAGUACUCCAGAGGACUGUACAUGGACCAGAAACUGUUAUUGGCCUCCAAAUGCUGUGACCAGACACACAGUGGCAAGCAGAGGGGUGAGAGGGGACAGGGGGUAAGAGACAGUGAGGACGAUAAACAUAUGGUUGGGGCUUCAGCCAGUGGACCCAUGCUAGGUAAAGGCCCAGAUGGUGCUAAAGGUUGCUGUCCCAAACCCAUCCUAUCCUACGUGGAGAUGAGUGAGAGGGGAGAAAGGGGACAGAGUCUGUGCGUUAAGGCUCUGCACAGUGGCAUGGUGGACCAGGGCUCGAUGAAAGACUGUGAUGACAUCAAGUCACCCUCCUCUUCCUCUUCUUCAUCACUCCACAACCCAAACAGUCAGACAGAUCUGGACUCAAAUGUUUCCUAUUCCAGUCCCUCAGACGGCCCAGCCUGGGCUCACUGCCUCGCUCACAGCAAAUACUCAGAGCUGCAUGGGGAGGAGGCCGAGGAGGGUGAAGGAGACAGGGGGAAAGAAUGGGGAGUGACCGUGGAGCCUGCCAAGAUGACCUCAGGAGGAGGUGGAGGAGACAGAGGAGGAGGUGUGUGCGGAGAUGCUAAAAAAGCCAGGGUCCACGGAUCCCUCGAUCUUCCGCCUGACAUCGACACCGAGGAUUCAGACAGGCUGGAGGGGCUGGAUGAUCAGGGCCAGGAGCCAAUGGGAGGGCUGUCUGAGGAGUCCCAGAGUGCCCGGGCAGCAGUGUCUCCUCCCAUGACCCCCCAGCAGCCCUACAUCCAGUACCAGCACUCCUCCUACCCGCCCUACCUGGCAAUGUGUGAGAGUGGCGGGGCCUCCUACAGAGGGGUGUCCCCAACCCUGGUCCACAAUUACCCAGGAUUCCACUACCCUUUGUACGGUAAGACGGCGGGCAGGGAGGAGUCGGAGGUGACUCCAACCAGCAGAGGAGGAGUGAUGAGCAGCAAGCAGAGCAGCGACUCGUCCACGUCCUCAGCCAUGGAGCUUCUGCAGCAGCAGAGCCAUCAGUACCACGGAAAAUCACCUGCUCCCGGCGAGAAGGGUUCCCCCGAGGGUGAGAGGGAGACGGAGCGAGACAGGAACCACGUGUCAUUCGCCCGACACCUCCACACACACCAUCACACACACCUGGGUAUGAGCUACAACCUGAUGUCAGGACAGUACGACAUCUACCAAGGGUUGAGCUCCAGAUCGCUGGUCUCCAGUCAGCAGGUGUCAGGACACUCCUCUACUGACAGUGAAGGGAAGAAGUAAGGACCAUGUGGCCACGUCUCACAUGAGGAACGGCACAUUUAUCAGACAUCAAUUCCAUGGUGUUGAAUAAGCUUCGCCUCGCUGAGAGGCAGAGAACAAAAAAUUAAAAAAUCUCUUUCAUUUCUUACUAAAGACCAACCACCUGUUUUAUAACACGUAAUCGAGGAGCAGACGGGCCGACAGAAAGCAGGAUCGGGAACUUUUUGAAGGAGGAACUAUCUGUACAAAUCCAAUGACUUUUGCAGGAUCGUGACAGAAGCAGGCAGCGCGUAUAAAACCCAACCCCGCCGUGCACUCAGCCCAGCCGCGGCUUUGGUGUUUAACUUUAUUAAAUGCACAUUUAUCGUAGUGUAUUAAGAUGAUGAUGAUAUGACUGAAUGUACUGAUGAUGACUUACAUGAUCCCAAUAGUCUUGAUCGUUUUUUUUAAACUCCUAUUGGGAAACAGCAUUAGGAAGCUAAAAAGUCUAUUAUUAUCCUUACUAUUCUUAUAUUAUGAUUAUUGAAGUGGUCCUCCUCCCUCCAUAGUGCUGACGCUACAUUUGUAUUACUAACCUGUACUUGAGCGUAACCAUGUUGAUUGUAUUGUCUUUAUGUGAGAGUAAACCUUCACAUCAACCUGCCCAGUGCCAUGUAGGAACCCAGUGGUGUAUAUAUUCUGUACAGAUUCAUGGCGGAGCACUAACAUGCUUUAUUGUACUCUAUGUUGACCAUCAGCCAUGCAGGGGAGCAGCGUGCAGAGCAGGAAAAACCAGCAGAAACAGAAUCCCUAUUUUCUUUAUUAGAUGACUUCUAUUAAUCGGCAGCAGUUUGUCCUUUAGCCACAUGUUCCAGUGACGUAACCUAUUUUGCACAUGAUGUUGUUGCACAUAUCCCAUUUGGUUAGAGAAGGAUGUGUCAUUUAGUGAAUUUUAGCCCCAGUUUGUGCCUCUUGUGUCUAAGGAGCAAAGGUGGAAGUCGGGUGACGUAGAUAAAGAGACAACGUACGGGUGGGUGGAUGGAUCUCGUUUUUUUUCUACAGUUAAGGUUGAUACAGCAGCAAAACGAAAACAAAGUUCCCUAACAUUAAGCAAGUUGUUCAUUUUCACCCAAUCCUUGAUCUUUCCGUGGCACUAACAGAGUGGUUUUGUGCCUAAACCAGCUGUGUCAGAUGUGGAGACAUUUGUAUGACUCAACAGUGAUUUGUAUCUGUUUUGGAAGGGUCUGACCAACCACGCUAUCCUGUUAUUGGCACCAGAUCAGCAAACGCUAAUAUGGAUUGUAUUUAAAAGCUAUGAGAAACAACAUAUUUUGUCAUUUAUUUUGGUGAAAUUGCUGGACUUCGGCAGUGAGGGUUAGUCAACAGUAUACACAGAUAUGAGCCGCUGUUUUUUGUCAUCUUUGGCGCGCAAAUACAAUUUUGACUCAUUCCUUUAUUCUUCGUCCCGAACAAAUACGGCAACUGGGGUAGGACGGGAAUAGGAACCAGCUAUUGUGUGUUGUUGCCAUCUUUGUUUAGGUCAAGGAAUAUGGAGGUGGAGACUCGCUUCAUGUCAAAUUCAGUCAAAGAAAAUACAGAAUAAGAGUGUGAGGAUUUUGGAAGAAGUGCUAAGAUUGAGGUUGAUAAAUGACCUGUUGGGUUUACACUAAAACAGUGACCUGUUAUUAUUCGACUUGAAUAUAAUAAACAACCAUCAGAGAUUUCUAAUGUAAUAAAAAGGACUGUGCUUAAGGCAGAGGUACAACCUGGGGCUAGGUGAAUGAAUGAUGGAUGCCAGUGAGCGUGUGCUACUGGCAUGUUUUGUUUGAACGUGAAAGACCCAAAUGCCAGACAGUGAUACUAGUCACACCACCUCUGAAGGACAAUUCCAGUGUUGAGGUUUUUGCUGAUUUUCUACAUCUAUUUCUUUCUCAUCACCUCUAAGCCAGCACCACACUCAAAACUAAAUGGAAUUUGGUGUGCUUGCUCAGGUACAAUCGUGAGUUUUAGGGCGAAAAAAAGAAGCUACAUCGUUCGUCAAUCUAACAUAGGCCAUAGGUUUUCACUUUACUUCAUAGAGUUACACCAGUUUUUGUAUAUUUGUCUUGUUUUUAGGAACUUCCAAGUUGUGUAUAAAAGCAUUUACUUGCAGUGUCAUUUUCAACAGCAGUUUGAGACCAUGCUAAAUUCAAUUUAGUUUUGAGCCCAAAUUGAUGCUUUCUUCUUUACUAUACUAUUCAACCCAUAGUUUAAGACAGUGUUUCUAUCAGAAUGUUUAUUUUGAAUAAAAACGAAGAUGACACAAAAAUAUAAAUAAACAUGAUAAAAUCUGGAUAAAAACUGAUCGCACCGGAAUUGUCCUUUAAAAAGUAAAAUGCCCACUUUUUUACUGACAGGGAUGCCAGUGGGGAAGCGUACUUGUCAGGAUUCCCACAAUCCUUUGCCCUGCCCCUGCUCCCAUGCCUCCUACAAGCGAACUAGCUCACUGCAGAGCCUCUGAUAGACAGAAAGGUCAGAUGUUAGCAUUGUUGCCAAACCACUGCCACAUCUCUAAAAUAAAGAAGUACCAAAGCGUUGGCAACAAGAAUUGGCCUGAUUCUGGUGCCUCAUUCAUGGAUCCGGCAACCAGGCCUGCAACAUUUACACCAAUGUUGGCUCAAGUCCUUUUGGCAACACGUGAUUGGCUUGUGAUUUCUGUAAUUACAUUAACUUCCAAAUAAGGUAAAUGCAGCAUAACGACAAAUUAAGAAUUAAAAGCUAUAGUAACGACCUCACAGCCGCACUGAGGAGCCAACAAAAAUCCUAACCUUGUCUAUCAGCGGCUCUGCCUCACUUACACAACACCUUACCUGCAUAGUAUCAGUGAUCAUUCUAUUACUUGAAUAUAGUGCUAUGAACUCUGUUUACAAAAUGCUGUCAUCUUUUGGGAGACACAGUGUUGUCUUAUAAAGGCUGCUUGGUAUGUUCAGUUCAUCCACCCGGUGUAUCUAGUAAAUAACACACUGAAAUCGUAUAAACAUGAAACCUGCUGUUGCUUUUUUAUACUGUAUAUGCCUUAAUUCAUAUGUUUGGCAAUCAUGAUUAAAGGAUGUUUAUAUAUAUA